GUCUCAGUGCGGAGCUAGCGGCGGCCGGAGGAACUUCGGCUGGCGGCAGGCUCGGUGGUGGCGGCGGCGGCGGCGGCGGCGGCGGCAUCGGCGGCGACGGGAGCAGCGGAGCAGGGGCCACACCCCGUCACGGACUUUUUCUCUUCUCAGUCCUCUCCCGGCCGUGCGGGACACCGUUCCGGGAGCAGAGCAGCCGCCCACGCCCCAAGCAUCCUCUUCUGACGAGCGGGAGCCGGCGGCAUGAUGCGGCUGCGAGGCUCGGCGAUGCUGCGGGAGCUGCUCUUGAGGCCGCCCGCCGCCGUCGGAGCCGUCCUGCGGCGCGCGCAGCCCUUCGGCACCCUAUGCCGGCGCCCCCGGAGCGGGAGCCGGCCGACCGCUGGCUUGGUGGCCGCUGCGCGACUCCACCCGUGGUGGGGCGGAGGCGGCCGCGCGAAGGGCCCUGGCGCGGGCGGCCUAUCCAGUUCGCCCUCGGAGAUCCUUCAGGAGCUGGGCAAGGCGGGUACGCCGCCACCGCAGCAGCAGCAACCGCAGCCAGGGGCGUCGCCACCCGCAACCCCGGGCCCCAAGGACAGCCCGGGGGAGACGGACGCGUUCGGCAACAGCGAGGGCAAGGAGGUGGUGGCCGCGGGCGACAAUAAAAUAAAACAGGGUCUGUUACCUAGCUUGGAAGAUUUGCUGUUCUAUACAAUUGCAGAAGGACAAGAAAAGAUACCUGUUCACAAGUUUAUUACAGCACUCAAAUCUACAGGAUUGCGAACAUCUGAUCCCAGGUUGAAAGAGUGUAUGGAUAUGUUAAGAUUAACUCUUCAGACAACGUCAGAUGGUGUCAUGCUAGACAAAGAUCUUUUUAAAAAGUGUGUUCAGAGCAACAUCGUUUUGUUGACACAAGCAUUUAGAAGAAAGUUUGUCAUUCCUGACUUUAUGUCUUUUACCUCACACAUCGAUGAGUUAUAUGAAAGUGCUAAAAAGCAGUCUGGAGGGAAGGUUGCUGAUUAUAUUCCUCAACUGGCCAAAUUCAGUCCUGAUUUGUGGGGUGUAUCUGUCUGUACUGUAGACGGGCAAAGGCAUUCUAUUGGAGAUACCAAAGUUCCCUUUUGUCUUCAGUCCUGUGUAAAACCCCUGAAAUAUGCAAUUGCUGUUAAUGACCUGGGAACUGAGUAUGUGCAUCGCUAUGUUGGGAAGGAGCCAAGUGGAUUAAGAUUCAACAAACUCUUUUUGAAUGAAGAUGAUAAACCACAUAAUCCUAUGGUAAAUGCUGGGGCAAUUGUUGUGACUUCACUAAUAAAGCAAGGAGUAAAUAAUGCUGAGAAAUUUGACUAUGUGAUGCAAUUUUUGAAUAAGAUGGCUGGUAAUGAAUAUGUCGGAUUCAGUAAUGCAACGUUUCAAUCUGAACGAGAAAGUGGAGAUCGAAACUUUGCAAUAGGAUAUUACUUAAAAGAAAAGAAGUGUUUCCCAGAAGGAACAGACAUGGUUGGGAUACUAGAUUUUUAUUUCCAGCUGUGCUCCAUUGAGGUGACAUGUGAAUCAGCAAGUGUGAUGGCUGCAACCUUGGCUAACGGCGGUUUCUGCCCUAUUACUGGCGAAAGAGUACUCAGUCCUGAGGCAGUUCGGAAUACACUGAGCUUGAUGCAUUCCUGCGGCAUGUAUGACUUCUCAGGGCAGUUUGCAUUCCAUGUUGGUCUUCCUGCAAAAUCUGGAGUUGCUGGGGGUAUUCUUUUAGUUGUUCCCAACGUCAUGGGCAUGAUGUGUUGGUCUCCUCCUCUUGACAAGAUGGGCAACAGUGUUAAAGGAAUUCACUUCUGUCAUGACCUUGUUUCUCUGUGUAACUUCCAUAACUAUGAUAAUUUGAGACACUUUGCAAAAAAACUUGAUCCUCGGAGAGAAGGAGGUGAUCAAAGGGUAAAGUCAGUGAUAAACCUUCUGUUUGCUGCGUACACUGGAGAUGUGUCUGCCCUCCGAAGAUUUGCUUUGUCGGCCAUGGACAUGGAGCAGCGGGAUUAUGACUCCAGAACCGCCCUCCAUGUCGCUGCUGCAGAGGGUCAUGUUGAAGUUGUCAAGUUUUUGCUGGAAGCUUGCAAAGUAAACCCUUUCCCCAAGGAUAGGUGGAAUAACACCCCCAUGGAUGAAGCACUGCACUUUGGACACCAUGACGUUUUUAAAAUCCUCCAGGAAUACCAAGUUCAGUACACACCUCAAGGGGAUUCUGAUGAUGGGAAGGAAAACCAGACUGUCCACAAGAAUCUCGAUGGGUUGUUAUAAUGGUCUGAACCCCAAGCCUUCCGUCACUUACUUACCUAGUGAUUGUGGAACAUGAUUAUGGAGAACAUGUGUAUUUCUAUCUGGUAGUAUGUGUAUUUACAACAUCUGUCGCUGCAGUGUUACCGGAGCUUCCUUCAUUGUGCGCACACGACAAAUCUGAGUUCUUUGGGAAAAAAAUAGAAAUGAAGCAGCCUCCCUUCAUAAUGUGAGCAAUAGUUACCUCGUGCGUUGUACAAUUUGGUGUAAAAGAGUAGUUCCCAAUGCUAGCUGAACUGUGUGGUCCUCAUGGUUUGUGUUUUGUAAAUUUUCCAGCCCUGGUGAUGAUAUUCUCACAUGCACUUAGGAUGGGGCUUUGUUGUACAGUCUGUCCGCAGGGCCGAUGCUGUCCGUAGACAAAAUUAGUGAGAUCCUUAAGACUUUAAACAUAGAUUUAGUUUGAGUGUGUGAGAGACCAUUGCACUUGUAUGGUUGAGUGUUUAAAGUGUCCAUCACCCUCACGUCACAGUGUGACUCUUUAAAUAUUAAAAUAGUUACUAACUGUUCAUAGAAUAUGCUGAUUCUGAUUAGAUUUUAUCAGGGAAUCUGUUAAGAUAUGUUUGGUGACCAAAACACAUGUGUGAAUAUAGUUCUAGCACUUGUAAACUUUUCCUUUCCAUACAGCUCUGGGGCCGGCCUCUCUGUGGUGUGUAGCUGUUAACCUAGCUGUCAGCCAGGGCCCUCGGCUGGGAAAGAGAGCGCUGGCUUACUAUGCAGUUUUGAGGUUUCCUAGGCAAGCCAGCAAGCCUCACCUUUCUCCCAUCAGAGAUAGAGCUUAGCCCUUUAUCUAAGGAAGAUGAGCCAAAAUUAACAACAUCUAAAUUAAUCAUAUGUCUUAAGAGUAAAGACAGUGAUACCGCACGGUUAUAAGUUCUUUUCAGCUUCUACAAGAAAGAAAAAUUCAGAAAAGCUUUCAGUUACCAAAGUUAUGAUGAUACAUAUAGAAAAAGCUACAAAUAAUAUUUACUUUUAACCCUGCUGUCAUGUCUGCAUCAAAAUAGCACUUCUUUGUGGCGGGCCCAGGUAUCUUCUCUUCCUCUUCUGCCUAACUGUUGGUGGGUUGUAUUGUUCACUAAGAAAAGACCACUUCAUUUUAAAUUUAGACCCACCAUUUCUCUGGUUUGGAAAGGUAAUUUAUGAUUAGCUUGGAUAAUAAGUAAAAGCGACCUUACAAAGAACAUUCUUGUCUAAGAGUCCCACAUACUGUGCCCUAUUAUACCUCCGAGAGAUUAAGGGUAUGUUAGUGAGGACUUUUGAAGCACACAUGUGCAUACACAUGUACACACACACACACACACACACACACACACACACACACACACGGACUUCUUGGAAACUGCUUUAUGAAAUAAACAAAAUUCUCAACCUCGCAGAUACUAGUGGUUUCCACAGUAACACAGAAUCUUCUGUGACCCUCACUGUCUGCACUGUUUGUAUCCAAGCUUUAUGCCUGGUGGCACAUUAUUCACCUGGUAACCAGCUGCUUUGAUCCUGUUUCAGUCAAAGUCAGCUUCAGACAGCCCCUCCACUCCCUGGCCAGCACCGCCCUUGGUGAAGCUAUGGCUAACGUUCCUUCACUGGGACAGGCACCACGAACGAGUUUCUAAGUUCCAGAGUCUGUUGGGAGGAUGGUGGGUGUCACUGUGCUUCUUCUUCCACACCCCUCAAGACAGGUGGAUAGGUGGCACCCAGAACAUCCUGUACAGGGACAACCUCCAAAGUUAAGGGGUGAACAUGUUUUAUUGGAAUCAACUGAGAUAAUGCUAUCCCAAUAGCAGCUGGCUUUUUGUGAUUCCGUAUGGGACUUAAAUAUUGCCAGUGACUCUGAGGGUUCCCUUCAAUAAUGGCUUUGUAUAUCAUUUGAGACAAAUGUUUUCAUCUUUUCUCAGCUCAGCGCUGUUCUGUACAGUCUUUGUGGCUUGGUUGAGUAUGCUCUUCCUCCUGUGCCAGGUCUCGAUCUGGCCACUCGCUACUGGCUGAUAAUCACAAGGACUCUGUAAGUGUGUGAACAAGCUGCUAACUGCUGCCAUCAGUAAACUCCAAAGAUCUGUUUGUUUUGGCUUUACAAUCUUAGGUAAUUUUUCUGUAUUGCAGAACCGUUACAUGAUCAUGUUGCUUUGAAGGUCUUUUUCUACCACUGUUUCUGCUGUCUUGGUUCUAACACCCCCGUCUGGUGAUAUGCGACACCCCACUGCUGCCUACACACGCUUUAGCUGAAGAGCUGGAUUUGCUGUUGAUCCAGCUGUCUGUCAGGGACUCGAUAACCUUAUGUUUGAUUUAAGUCCCUGCUGGGGAGUCCACAGCUAUGAAUGUAUUUACAUGUAUUUAUUUCCAACAUUUCCCAAAAUAAAACCUUAAAACUAUAAAGUGUUAAGUAUUCUGAAAUUGGGAAAUAUUUAUUUUAAAUGAGAUCAGGUAGUGUUGCUUUUUACAGCAUAAUAAAUAUGUGUAUUGAAAACAA